UAGGAGACUCAGCAGUUGGGAAAUCAAACCUUUUGUCAAGAUUUGCUAAGGAUCAAUUUCAGCUGGAUUCUAAACCUACCAUAGGUGUGGAAUUUGCUUAACACUGUUCUGAUCUACACCGACAAGAUAAUACACAAAUCUAGGGCCAUGGCUCACUGGAUCUCUUCGAAGCUCAAAGUCGCCGAAAAUCUACUUCAACAGAUAGAUCAGCAAGCAGCUGAUUCACUCCGUAAGAGUGAGAAGCAACGAUCUGAUGACCUAGAUCGCGAAAUUUUAGCUAAAACCAAUGAAAAUAAGCCACUGAUUAAGGACCAGCUCAUGAAGAAAAGCCGCGAAACUGAUGAUUUAAUCGUGAAAUCCAGGACUGAUCGAAAUUCAACUUCUAUUAGCCUGGAUAAGAAUAAUAGCUUUGGUAGCAAUAGUAAUUAUAAGCCUCAAAAGGAGGCAGUCUUGCCAAUAGAUUCGAGCCCUAAGUGGAGUACCAAUGCUCUUACUGAUACUGAUUGGACUGAAUUGCUAAGUGCACCUAGUUCAAAUGCCACUGCUGGGGCGAGUAAUGGUAGUAAUGGAGUGGCUGGUAUCCGUAGUGGUAAGAGUGAUGGUAGAAAACAAAGGAGUUUGGGAUCCGGGUCGAAUUUGCUGGCUGUGGAAGGGAAAAGGAGCCAGAAACCUCAAAAGGUUGUUAAGAGUGUUAAAGGAUCAAAUAGUCAAUCAGAGAAUGAGGUAGACGGUAGCAGGUUAGAGAGAAGAGCUACCAAUGCAGGCUAUAGAAUGCCGGUAACUUCAAGUGUUGAUCUCAAAAUUGAUGGGGGGGAAGGUUUGGACAGAAGGGACCUUCAUCGAAAAGGUGAGAAUGUGGAGUCAUUGCGUGGAAAUAACGAUGAACAAAAUGAAGUGAAGAAUGAGUAUUCGGAGGAUUUUAAGGGUGUAAAGAAGUCUCCGGUGAAUAGUCGUUCGGGAGAUAAGAGCCUUGGCAUUGUGACGGGGUCUUCCACUCUUGAUAAGGAGUUGGACAUAAAGAAUCAGCUGGAUGACAAUAAGAGGAUUAGGCCAGCGAAGGCUAUGGUUGACAGACCAAAAAUGGACUCUCAGAUUUCAACUUCUGUAAAGAUGGGUUCUUCUUCACCUAGCAAUGGAGAAUCAGAUUCUGAGACGGAUUCAACAUCUUCAUCAGACUCGGAAACUGAACGUGAAAGAGAAGAAAGGAGAAGAAGAAGGCAGCAGAUCCUGGCGGAGAAAGCAGCUGCGAAAGCAAUGGAAGCUAUAAAAGAACGUGAGAACAUGGUUGCUAAAUUGGAAGGGGAGAAACAGAGCUUAGAAAAAAUACUUGAAGAGCGGGCCAAACAACAAGUUGAAGAGGCUUCUGAGUUACAGACGAAAAUGAUGGAAACAAUGGAAGCUGUUGAGUUGGAGAAGCAGAAACAUAAUAGUACUAGAAUGGAAACUCUUACACGAUUAGCGAAGCUUGAGACUGUAAAUGCUGAACUUGCAAGGUCUCUCGCCUCUGUUCAAUGGAAUCUUGAAGUAGAGAUUAAUCAGGUUGCUGAACUACGCCAACAAGUUGAGUCAAAAGAAGCGGCUCAUGAAGAAUUGAGAAGGGAGAUAUCUAGGACACAGAGAAGUGGUGAAAAAUUAGUGGCUUCAAAAGGGGUUGAAGUGGAGAGAGAGAUACUUGAAGCAGAGCACUCCUGUUUAACAGAUAAAUUGGGGUUGUUGCAGGAAAAGGCAAAGACACUGGAAAGAAGCAUUGAGACAACACAGCAUGAACUGGAAAACCCAACUGCAGUGGAAAUUGAGCUCAAGCGGAGGCUUGGUCAAUUGACCGAUCAUCUGAUUCAAAAACAAUCUCAGGUUGAGGCGCUGUCUUCUGAGAAGGCCACAAUGACGUUUAAAAUUGAGGCGGUUUCAAGGUCGCUAGAAGAAAACAAGUCUACGUUAACUGAUUUUCCCAGUACCUCAUCAAUGGGUGAUUUGGAGUCUGGGUUGUGGGAGCUCUCCAACUCAAAGUUGAGGCCUUUGUUUGAAGAAAGAAUGCGAUCUGGCCAGCAGCAUUUGGGAUCACUGAUUCGGCAGUUAGACUCCAUCUUCUGCGCCGGAAUGGUGUUUCUCAGAAGAAAUCCACCCGCAAAAAUAUUGUCUCUGGUUUACCUUGUAUCCCUUCAUCUUUGGGUCAUAUACAUAUUGAUGUCUCAUGCUCCUGUCUCUGAGGACACCACUGGUGCCGUUAUUUCCUUGGAGAAUAUUAAUAAAACGGGAGGCAUGUGAUAUCAUUUGUUGAUGCGUUGAGUCAUGCUCGUUGGACCCAUCAUUUUUGUUUUGAGGUCCUUUCAGUAUCCCACCUCAGCCAAAAACACAGAUGUAUAGAAAUGCACCAAUUUGUUAAACAAACCUCAGAUGAUAUAACAUCUAUGGAUGAUCCUCCUUGUAUAUCUAGGUCACAAGGAAUGUAUAAGUUUUAAAGGUCGAUAUGCAUUUCAUGGCAAAUAGAAAUUCAUUGAUCUAGAUAUGGUAAUAAAGUGGAACAACUCUUACUCA